AAUUUUGGUCACUGCUACUUGCCGUAGCACAAUAUCUGACGUCAGGCAUAACAAGUAUGGCGGCCGCCCCUAUGCCCUCGUAGUUGACUAGUAACUCAAGAUAACACGUUUUACUAACGAACUGUGCAUAAUUGGGUUUAUUGGUCAAUUCGGGGUGUAGAAAAUAUAGGUAUUUAUUUUUCGGAAAUGGGUUUAGAGCGGCUUCUACGCGGGGCGCUGACGUGUUACUCUACACAUUGUCGACUCCUUCACAUCCAGCAACACGUCAGAGUGUUUCGUGUUUCGAUGUCUACUGGGGCUUUUCCGAGCAUGUCCAGCGUGGUUAACCGGGUAACUUGUGCAUCAGGACUGCUCGGUAGGAGUCGCAUUGGACUCGCUCACAGACAGCUCUGCUCCUCCGUCCAGCCCUCCAGAGAUGUCACCCUGUUCGAGCACGACAAGACCGGCUUCUUCCGGCUCCUCUCGGUCUUCUGUGGCGGACAGUUUCUCUUCUGGACAUACCUGGGCCACUUUGCAUACACUGGGCUCAGAGACACCGGAGGCUCUACAGAGGAAGACGUCACUAAGGCUGCCACCACAACAACCGGGCUGGCUGGACUGUGGAGUUUUGAGAUGAACCUGGGGUCCAACACCUGGAGGUACGGCUUCACGGUGGGGUGCCUUGCUAUUGGAGCUGGAAUAGUCGGGCUCGGGGUUGUGUUUUGCCGGCGCUCUGUCAACCAGGUGAUUUUACACCAUGGCGGGAAAAUGGUGACAGUGACCACACAGUCACCUUUGGGAGCAGGCCAAGGCCGCAGACUGACAGUCCCGCUGUCACAGGUGGCCUGCCAUGCUCACAGACAGGAGUCCCCCUCAUUCAUCCCCCUCAGGGUCAAAGGACACAAGUUCUACUUUCUUCUGGACAAAGAGGGGACUGUGAACAAUGCAAGGCUGUUUGACAUCACAGUUGGGGCUUACCGGCCAGUUUAAAUUGUGGUUAGUCAAGUACUUUGACCAAAAAUGUGUGAGUCAAAAUUCAACUUUGGUCCACAGAUGUGACUUUACAUGUCUGCCACUCCAUUACUUCAGUUUUUGCUUGAUUGUAUUUCUUCAUUUUAAUAAAAUGAAAGAUUAAAAGUGCAA